UGCACUUCCCUGAGCCUUCUCCUCCUACUAUAAAUCCAUGGCCUGCUCAACACAAACUUCUUCAUCUCAUAUGCAUGCCACAUCACAAUCUACAACGCGCCUUCAGAGUUUCAGAGCCAAACUGAAAUUUAGCCAGUCAGGAACACAUUAGACUCAACCAUGAUCCAUCCAAAGAAACUUGCUCAGCUGGCCAAGAAGUGCCAGCGGAUGUUGGUUGCCAGAGCCAGGGCCCGCCGCCAGCAGCAUGCCUCAGACACGGCCGAUGACGAAUGCUGCAGCACAACGUCGUCUGUGGUUGCCGAUGAGGGCCACUGCAUGGUGUAUGCCGCCGACGGAGCACGGUUUGAGGUCCCUCUGGUGUACCUCGGGACUACGGUCUUCGCCGAGCUCCUGAGGAUGUCUGAAGAGGAGUUUGGCUUUGCAAGCGGUAGCGAUGGAGGCAGGAUCACGCUGCCCUGCGAUGCCACAGUGAUGGAGUACGUCUUGUGCCUGGUCAGGAGAGAGGCCUCUGAGGAAGUCGAGAGGGCGUUCUUGAGCUCCAUUGCUGAGGAUGGCCACAGCUACUGUGCUAGCUGCGUGGCACCAUCGAUGGGACUCGGCCAUCAAUUUGCUCUCUGUGCUUAGCUACUAGUUUAGCUAGUGAAAUAUUUCUUUUGGUUAGGUCCGAGAAGGAGUUCUGUAGAGUCUGAUGUAAGAUUCGUUUGUCACAGGAAAUAAUAGAAAAGAGACAAUUUUCCUGGAAAAAAAUACAUUAUUUGUCACAUCCUUUAACAUAGUUCAUAUUAAUAUAUACUCCCUCCGUCAAAAAAUAUGUCUAAAGUUGAGACACUCAUUUUGGGACGGAGGAAGAAAUUGGAAGGAAACCAU